GUGAGCUGGAUACCCAGUCACAAUGGGAUGCGGGCUACGAAAACUGGAGGACCCCGAAGACAGCAGCCCAGGGAAAAUAUAUUCUACUUUAAAAAGACCCCAAGUGGAAACCAAAACAGACACCGUUUAUGAGUACGUGCUUCUGGACUUCAGUUUAGAAGGGAGUCGCCCCACGGUGCAGUUUCUGUCCUCACUGUGUGAGUUGCCAAAGGCUUUGGAGCCCUACUACACCCAGGGCUAUGUGCUGGCCGCCCUGCAUCCCAUCAUCCUCUCUGUGGGCCGCACCCGGGCCCUGCCCUGCAGCCUGUUGUACCGGGCCAUCCUAGCACGACUGCGAGUCAGUAAACAGGCGAUGCCCAUGAGCCACAGUGUGCCAGUGCUGAGGGUGGAGGAGUGGCCGCUGCCUGGUGAUUCUCUGACCAGCGACACAGUCAGAGCUCUGCUAGACAGGGUGAACAGCAUUGCGCAGGGAGGCGUGAGGUUUGUGGGGUCGGUGCUCCAGCAGGCUGGAGGGGGGAGUAAUGGACGAGUACCCAGUCCCAGGAGGGGCUGCCGCUCCCCACCCCAAACCCCACCACGCACCCCACCUGGAGACAAAGAGCUUGAGGACUCUGGCUACAGCCCAGACCUACGACUGUUAGUACUCUUUCACUCCUGGGCUCCUGGCUAUGCUCCUCUGGAUGCGCUGGCUUGCUAUCACCAGGGCGCGCUCUCCAUGCGCGUGUCCAGGAAAGGCCAGGUUGUCAGCUCACUGGAGGCCGAUUGGCUGGAGCUCACUGCUGCCUACUACCGAAAAGGCUGGUCAUUGGUUGACUCCUUUGUCUACUGGGACACACCCAAAGGUGAACCAAUCCCCAGGUCUUUGGAGGGUCUGUUUAUAUAUGAAGAGAGAAGCAGUGCACCACCUGCUAACGACACCAUUGUAGUUGAGCAGUGGACAGUUAUUGAGGGAUCUGAUGUGAAGACAGACUAUGGUCCACUCCUUCACACCCUGGCUGAGUUUGGUUGGUUACUCACCUGUGUGUUGCCCACCCCCAUCAUUCGCCAUGACAGUGAAGGAAACCUUGCCACCAAGCAGGUUGUGUUUCUUCAGAGGCCAGUGAGAAGCCAGUCAGGAACACAACAGAACCAGGCGGUGUCUUCACGCAAUGAGGUUUCCAGCCGAUCGGUGAGUCGUGGGGUAGGUGGACCCCACACGGAGGAGGUAUCAGUGUGCUCAGGGGGCAUUGGGGGGUUCCCUGUGUUUGGAGGGGGCUAUUCCAGUGCCCUGUCCCAUUUGGAGGAUGGGGGUUUUGAGCAGGAUGAUGGGGCAGCUGAAGUCACCUGUAUGUGA